AGAUAGCUGGAGUAUAACAUCAGUACCGAACCAUCUUCCUAACACAUACGACUCUUGUAAGAACACGUGUUAUCAUGGCUGUCUUAUCGUUACGAGAAAAUGCAAGAAUUAUCCUAACCUAUCAGCUAAUAAGGAUUAUACUGAUCAUAGGACAUUUGAAAGGAUAUCUCGGGGAAUCCUGUUUGCCUCUCUUCCCUACGGACCAUCAUGAGGUUCCUGAAGGACUCCCAACUAUCCUACAAUUUGAGCCGAGUAGAACAUCCUUAUGGAAAUCCUACUUUGAAAUUGUGAAUGAAAAUGACCUCACCUUAGCCUGUCUUGAAAUUACUGGCUGUGAAAAUAACACCAUCCUCAACUCCUCAUCUGAACCCUGUGAGAAUAACACCGCCUGGGAAAACACCGUCUACUGGCCACCAUUCCUCCGUGAUAAUAACAAUUGGUUCAACUUUUACUCAAUGUUUAUAUCAGCUCAAGAUAACGUCAUUUCACUUGACAUUAAUCAGAGACCAGAUUACGACAUGUUCCAAGAGGUCAGGUCACCAGCUAGGGGCAUCAGACGUGUAAAUAUGACCCAUAGUGGACCUAAGAUUACAUUCACAGAGGUCAGGUCACAGGGUCAGUGUCUCGUUAUGACCCAUUGUAAGGGAUCUGAUUGGGUGUUUCUAAGUGUAGGUCCAUUAGAUGAAGUGGACUUGGUUCCUAUAACUAAUAAUCCAAUUAAGAUCAAAGUGGCUUUAUCGAACUGCUUCCCGGAUUAUCAUAUUGGCCUUUAUAACUCCACUAUAUCCCAAAAUAACCUAAAAUUCCCUCCAAAUAUUCAACUUCGACUCAAAUACACACGAAUGACAAGGUAUCACACUCUCUCUGCCAGUGUAGGCGAACACCUGACUCUCUUCUCCAGCACUGUCGAACACCAUGGGAGAGACUGUUCAAGUAACUGGUUUCUACUAGGGGUUAAAGAUGCCGAGGUGAUAACUAACUGUUAUGGUAUUUCUAACAGUCUUCCAGUUAGCAGUCAGUUACCUUCCAGUGCUCGUUCGAUUGGUCCAGUUAUGUGUGUGGUGGUGAUGAUGAUGGUGGUGGUGGUGUAGUAAUAGUGGUGGUGAUGAUUCUGGUGUAGUAAUAGUGGUGGUGAUAAUGUCCAAUGCCCACUUUUUAAUUAUCUUAAU